AUGUUAUUUCAUAUAUGGGAUACUAACUGUAAAAAGUAUAAAAAUUUACAGGAAAGACUGUGUAAAUUCGCGCAAGCUGCCAAAGGAGAAAACAUAAAAUCCCUGCGUAUGUUCUUGCAGCUUUUCAAGAAUAGUUGGGACAGCGCGUAUGUCGGGGGCUCGCAUCCCUUACACCCCAAUGUACCUAAAGCUGUCGUGAGCCUUUACAAAUUGAGGAUUGUCGAUUACUUCUUUCCCCCCAUCGGAGAAGACCCAAGGAAGAACGGCUAA